UAAACGUCAGUGUUGACUUCCGGGUUUGAAGCUAACGCUAGCCGCUGAUCUCCAGUCAGUUCCAGCUGAGUGAGGAUGAGACUUCAACACCUUUAAAGCACUUUGUCUCUUCUUCUGUCACUGACGGAGGAUCAGUCCCUCUCAGUCCGGACGGAACCAGCGCGAGGAGCCGCUCGAACACGUCAGCGGCGAUGAGCAGCAGCAGCUCUCUCCCCGUGCAGAUGGACGAGGUCCGGAGGAGAGCUCAGUCCGUCCUGUCCUCCACCGGCGUCGCCCAGGACGUGAAGGCUCACGUCCAGACGAUGGCGAGCAUCGCUCUGCCGCUGUCGGAGAAGUACCGGCACCUCACAGCCGAGGACAUGCUGAGGGAGAACAGCGCCAGCCGCAGCAAGCAGGAGGUUCUGGAGUCUCUGAGCAGACUGGUGAAGGCCUUGGGUAUUCUGGAGAAGUACGGCUGUAACCUGACCUUCCCCAACCGGCCCAAGUACUGGAGGAGCGUCAAGCACAACAACCCGGUGUUCAGAACCACGGUGGACGCCAUCAAGGGAGGCCGCAGAGUCCUCUUCCUCUACGGUUACACCAAUCAGCAAAUCGAUGGCCUCAGUUUUCCGGAUGAAGUCGUACAACCAGAUGCUGAAAAAGUUGCCGCAGUGACGCUGGAGGUCAUGACCUUACGCACCGAGGUGGACAUGAUCGUUAAGGGAACCCAUCCUCACCUAGAGCACUUCAAAGAUAUCUUCCCAUUUCUCGAGCAGCAGGAAUCGGUGGUGAAUGACUUGGUGGUUAUUCCGCCUGUGGAGGAGCAGCCGGGAGACAAACCACAAGUCCUCUCUCCUUCACCCAAACCUGCCCCGGGCCCCGUGGCACUGCCCCUGCAGCCCUCAGCUGGAUCUCUCGCAGCUUGUAAUGUGUGUGGUAAACCCUCGUCACUGGUUUGCUCCUCAUGUGACAGUCGGGCCUUCUGUGACGCAUGUGACGGGCUCUUUCAUCGCCACCCGACCAGAGCCGCUCACAAGAGAGACAAAAUACAGAAAAGCAAACUGGAGACCUGUGGUAUCUGUGGUGUCUCCACUGUCCAGUCCCAGUGCUCCACCUGUAACCAGAGGUUGUGUCUGAACUGUGACAAACUGUUUCACUCGCACCCCGACCGCAAAGGACACAACCGGUCCGUCCUCGCUGCAGCCAAAACAGCCAGUCUGUCUCUGUCUCCUUGGGCGUGUGCACACUGCACCACGGUGAACGAGAUGCGAGCUGUUCUCUGCUCGACCUGCGAACGGCCUCGACUCUCCACGGCUGCAUCCUCGGCUCAGGACAGUCCGGUUCCCACCUCACCAAACACCGAGUGGCAGUGUAAGAGCUGCACUGUUAUGAAUCAAGGCAGCAGCAUCCUGUGUGAGGUGUGUGAGCGCCCUCGUCUGGCCACUCGCCCGCCUGUCGCCCCGCUCCUGUCCAGCUCUGGAUCUCAGUCUGAUAUCAACACAAAGUGGACGUGUCAGUUCUGCACCUAUGUGAACACCAAGCCCACUGGGGUCUGUGAGAUGUGCAGCCUGCCGUGUAAAGACUCUUCUGGCGACUCGGUGCCUCAGUCUCUUCAGCAGCCGCCGUCCAUCAGUAAGGAUCAAACUCAGCCUGCGGCCGUGAAGCCGACGGCGAGUCCCAGAGUGAACCUGGAGCUGAAGAGACAAAAGAUGAUGAGGGAGGACGGACUCAGCCUCAUCAACCAGAUCAGGGAAGCAGAAAAACAAGAUGUCAGCCCGGAGGAGGUGUACGCGGCCCUGUGCGUGUGCGGCGGCAGCAACGUCAACCCCUGUGAUUGGCUGACGUCAGAGCUGCCACACCUGCUGGAUGAAAUCUGCGCUAUGGCGGCGUCCGUCCAGCUGAACCGAAAGACCGGGGAUUCUGGGAUACAAGCCGUGGUGGACAGAGACAGAGAGGAGUCGGCGGAGAGCGAACCCAGCGCCACAGUCGAAGAUGUGAAGCUGUCCAGAGCCGAGGCGAAGCUGGCGUGGUUAGCGGCGGGAGGAAACACCGACAGAGCCGUGACGCAGCUGCUGAGGGACCGACAGGCCAAGAUGAGGGAGCUCCACUCUCUGGGCUUCAGGGAUGUGACCCAGUGUGAGGAGGCUCUGCGGCUGAGUGGAGGUGAGGUCAAAGGGGCUUUGUCUCUGCUCCAGCGCCCCCUACUGGAGCCUUUCCACCAGCGUAUCUGGACCACCCAGCUCGAGCCGCCGAUCGAUCCCCAGAACCCGGACAAACAGAGGAUGUGCAGGCGUCUGCUGGCGUUGUACGACCUGCCCAGCUGGGGGCGCUGUGAGCUGGUGCUGGCCUUGCUUCAAGAGCCCGAUGUCACCUACUCCCUGGAGGACGUGGUCCAAGCUGUGAAGGAGUCACAUGACAAGGACUUCAUCAGGCGGCUCCUCAAGAACGAGUGUCCGUGCUGCCUGUGCAUCUUCCCUCGGUGCAAGAUGCAGUCCCUGACCUCCUGUCAGUGCUCGGUGUGUCACGAGUGUUUCGGUCAGCACUUUACUGUGGCUGUGAGAGAUAAACACAUCAGAGACAUGGUGUGUCCCGUCUGUGGAGAGCCCGACAUCAAUGUCCCCGAGCAACUGGACAGCUACUUCUCCACACUGGACAUACAGCUGCGCGACUGUCUGGAGCCUGAAGUCUACGAUCUGUUUCAUAAAAAGUUGACGGAGCACGCUCUCAUGAAAGAUCCAAAGUUCCUCUGGUGUUGUCACUGCAUCUCUGGGUUCAUCAACGAUGGAGACCAGCUGAAGGUCACAUGUCCGUCAUGCCGCAAAAGCUUUUGUACCCAGUGCAAGAAACCUUGGGAGCCUCAGCACCAGAACCUGUCCUGUGAGCAGUUCCAGCAGUGGAAGAGGGAGAACGACCCCGAGUACCAGAGGCAGGGCCUGGCCGGCUACCUGAGAGACAACGGCAUCACCUGUCCUCACUGCAGGUUCCAGUACGACCUGACCAAAGGCGGCUGCAUGCACUUCUGCUGCUCCCAGUGCAGGUACCAGUUCUGCAGCGGCUGCAACAACCCGUACCACAAGACGGGAUGUAAGACGCCUCAGUGCAGUAUCCCCGGUCUACAUGCACAUCACCCCCGAGACUGUCUCUUCUAUCUGAGAGACUGGGAACCACCGAGGCUCCAGGCCCUGCUGCAGAGGAGCGGAGUGGAGUUCAACACGGAUCCUUCCACUGGAACUCAAAGUGACACUUGUGGAGUGAUGGAGCAGAAAGAUGAAGGAGCUGAACACAGCGAUUCACCGUGUGGCCUCAAAACACAGCCGGGACAAGCCGGGCUCUGCGAGAGACACUACCGUGAGUACCUGGUGAGUCUGAUCAACGCUCACUCGGUGGACCCGGCUCUGCAGUACGACACCGCGGAGCUGGUUCGAGCCUGUGAGCGAUACCGGGUGGACGUGCAGCGAGGAGAGAGCGAGGACGACAACACGUUCCACGCUCGGCUGCUGCAGGUGAGGCGCUCAGAGUCCACGUCACAUUUAACGAGCCGCACGCCCUGUGACUGCUUCGGUGCACUGAUCCGCUGCAGAGCGUCUGAGAGGCGGCUACAGGUCAGCAGUGGGAAGUACUCGGGGCUGGAGUGGGACGACGAGGCCAAGACCAUGUUCCGCAUCCCGUGGAAACACGCCGGGAAGCAGGACUUCCGCAAAGACGAGGACGCCGCCAUCUUUAAGGCGUGGGCCGAGUUCAAGGGGAAGCUGACGGACGGCGGUCAGGACAACCCGGCCAUCUGGAAGACGCGUCUGCGCUGCGCCCUCAACAAGAGCCCGGAGUUCGAGGAGGUGAUGGAGCGGGGGCAGCUGGACAUCUCCGAGCCCUACAAGGUCUACCGCCUGGUGCCCUUCAGCGAGCAGGGUUUGUCGCUUCCUGAAGAGAAAAGCAGAAAGAAAAGCAGCAGGAAGUCGAAGAGGAGGAGCAGCGAGUUCGAGAGCGACGAAGAGGACGAUGUUCACGUCAAGCAGAUAAAGACGGAGGAGGUCUCGUCUCAGAUGUGUGACCACAAGGUUCUGCCUCAGAGCGACGUCCUGGUCCCGACCGACGAGCCCGUCCAGCACAGCACCGUCACCAUCCAGAGAGACGUGGUGGACGAGAUCCAGGUGGAUGUCCGGUAUGAGGAGAACGUUCCUGCUUCACAUGAAGGCGACUCCAUCAACGUGGCGCUUCACUACUUAGGGAAGGAGGUUCUCCAAUGCCAGAUCCUGGGCUCUGAUGUCCGGAUCACCUACCUCCCUUCCUCCCUCGUUCCCCCGACGCCCUCCAACGUCCUGAAGGGCCGGUUCCCACGCAUCCCUCUGCCGGAGCCGCCCUCCACGCUGUCGGCCGGCCCCGAGCUGCAGGCGCUGCAAACCCUGCUGCCCUUCAUGGAGAAGGGGGUGGUGCUGACCUCCACGGAGCAGGGGGUGUACGGCAAGAGGUACUGCCAGGGGCGGGUCUUCUGGACGGGGCCGCACUCGACCACGGGGGGGGCGCACAAGAUGGAGAGAGACUCUGAGCCGGUGCUGCUCUUCAGCAGAGACGCCUUCAAGCAACAGCUGGAUCCUUUCUGCUCGACCGGAGGAGACCCGCCUCAGUGCGGCUUCACUCUGUGUUUCGGAGAAGAGUUGAGUGACAGCGACGAUCCGUCUGAGAAGCUCAUCAUCGCUCAGGUCACGCUGCCGUGGGCGGAGCAGCAGGUGCAGAACGCUCGCACCUUCUGCAACUCCAUCAACUUCUUCAAGUCUCUGGCCAGUCAGUCGCCGCUGGGAGAGAUCACCCUGAACCUGGUGGCCGUGCCUUCGCCCACGACGCCCGAGACGAUCAUGUGGGCGACGCUCUGAACGCACCAGGCGGCGUGAGGGCUUCAUUCCACAAACGAGACACAAUCCCCCAGGUGGUCGCCUGGAAGCACUACACGAAACUGAGAGGUCGUCUUCCCUCUUUAAAUAAUGUGACUCUGUUAUUGUCAUUUAACCCAAGCCAGUGGUUCCCAACUGGAAGACCAGGACUCCCACAACGUUCCACCACAUCACUUUGUGUUUGUUGACCAGACCUUUUUUUAUUCUAAUGAAACAAAGAAACUUUGUUUGACCUUGUUCCCAGUGUACACGCAGAGGUCAAAGGUUGGGAACCACAGCUUUUUCAAACUUAUAAUUGUGUUUAAACUAUAGCACUAUAGAAACCUUGUGAAAUAUUAUUUUACUAUUAACAAUAAAAAAGGGAAACAUAGCUGAAGCAGUGAUAUUAAUCAAAAGUAGUUCAGUAGAGCAGUAGUGGGAAGAAAAUGCAUAUUACUAUUUUUAUCUUACCACAAAGUCUCUUCAUCUAAAACACAAACUUCAGUUGUUUUUGUUGUGAAACACAGACGUGAGUAAACACAAGUAGCUCGACUGUCGUCCUUUAAUAAAGUUUCACUGUUGAUGAAACAGGCAGAAAAAAGCAGCCUACAUUUCAGUGCAUUUUAGGAGUUAUUGUUAUUACUACGUUAAUAUUAUAAAGGAGUGAAACUUGAUCAUAGUGUUUUAAAAGUUGCACUGAACUCUGACAUGGUUCAGACAUUUUUAAGGUUUACCGUCAGUGUCUGUUCUGACGGCUUCUGGAUAACAAGCGAUCAGAAAACAUGUUGAAGUGAAGACGUCUGCCCUGCGGGGAAACCAGUCUGUUGAAGCUCAGAGUUGAGAAACGGGGAAAGGUCACAUCCUGUGUGGCACGUUUCCUCUUUCAAACCACGCGACACGCUUUCCAAACUUCACAUUAGAAAAGAAACUCUGCAAGAUGCCAAAGGCAGCGACCCAGUGAGUCACAGAAAAAUGUUUGAAAUUUCAAGACGUCACUUAACAGGAGUUUAGAGGAGGCGUGGGCCGCAUGAUGCUAGAUGCUCAGUUCAUUAGGAACACGUAGCUGAAACUAAUCCAGUUCGAUUCAGACGUUCAUGAAGGUUCGACCUGAAUCAUCACCUGCUUCUCACAUUUCUGAGCUUCAAAAGACCCAACCUGCUGCAGGACUUUCCUACUGUAACGUGUUUAUCAUAUUUUGUCUAGCUCUGCCGCUUCAUGUUCAUAUCUGUGGGAAUAGCAAUGUGGAUUUCUCCUUCAGAUCAGCAGGUCUGGACCACAAGGCAUAGUCUGACAGGAGGGGGGGGGGGGGGGUGGGGUGGGAGAAGGAUUACACACAGAUCAUCUAUCGAUCUAUAAACAUUUUCUUACUCAAGCUUGUUCUAUGUCAUGUCUCUGUUCAGUUGACAAAAAGCAUUACAAAUAAACGUCUUCCUAAACUCU